CUUUAAUAUAUCAACAGUACAUUGCAUCCUGUGCCACAAACCCCAGGUCAUCAGUCAGUCACAGUCUUUUCAGACCAGCAGGGCCGGUUCCUGAACCUUAUUUUGAACCGGCUGGCGCAUUAAAACCGAAAAAACCCAUUGGAUCAGAAUCUGAAAAGCUGGUUCUCAGCUGGAAUCAAAAAGUAGUUGGUUUGUUCUUGUGAACUGUGACUUCAUCGGUGUAUGUCAUAUUCUAGCUUGUGAUGAGGAGCUGUCAAUGUUGAGCAAGUUGUCUGCUGAAGAGACAGGAUGUUUGGUAGCGAUGGGCAUCGACAGAAUUCCAGGUGAAGCUGGAGAGUAGAGCAAGUUGUACGACCAACUUGCAGAAGAGAUGGCAAAGACUGGGUUCACCCGAAGGCCAGACAAAAUAAUUAAUAAACUUAAGAAACUGCCUGAGUAACAUGGAGUUACGUCCUCCCACUCUGGUUCUGCUUAAACUGGUGUGAACGCGCUGGAAAAAAGCACCAAGGUUCUGAGACUCCAGAACGGAACCAGAACCAGAACCAUGUCUGUCCAAAGAGUGGACACAGAGGCCUGCUGCUCUCUGCUGCAGAGAGGGGCUGCGUGACGUCAGUGAAGGCUGGAGCGGUUCCUUGGUUGGAGCGGAAGAAAAAAAAAUGGGAGAAGAUUGCGAGGACCUCAGGCCUAAGAAUCAUGAGGGAUGAGGUGAAAGGACCAGUUGAAUGUUGACACCAUGCCAGGUCAUGUGACUGAGCUUGGCCCCUCCGUUGCACAUGAGAUCUCUCUUCUUCCUCCCUCUGACUUGCCGUAGUUGCCCCGUCCCUUUCACCAUGAGAAAAUCUGUCAGGUGCUCGACCUUUGUGCCCUCAUACUGGCACCGCUGUUGUGCCGCGUGAGCGCCGCCCCUCCCCCGGCAGUUACUGCGAGGAAUGGCCUCUCUGGACCUGCCAUACCGCUGUCCUCGGUGCGGGGAGCACAAGCGCUUCCGAAGCCUGUCGUCAUUGCGUGCCCACCUGGAGUACAACCACACAUACGAGACCCUCUACGUCCUGUCAAAGUCCAACAGUGUUUGUGACGCUGCCGCUCUGCUGCCCCUAGUGGCUGAAGGAGCCCUCCUCACUCCAGCCAACAACAACGACCCCUUUGAGCCGCUGCGACCUUCAGCUUUAAAGGAGCGGCGUUUCCCCUGCCGUGAGCUUCCCUGUGCCGACGACCUGAGUCUGACCCCAGCUAACUCCAACACUGCAGCCAGGUACAUCCCCAAUGUGGAGUUUCCUCUUGGGGAGAUAUUCAUGAAGAAAGCCAUGACAUCCACAGACCCUGGUCCCCAUGGAAACCCCAGCACGGCUGUAGCGGUGGCAGCUAAUGUAGCGGCCAGUGCUGUGGAGGCGGCCUAUGAGGAGGGACUGGCUAGACUGAAGGCUCGGGCGUUUGAGCGACUGGAGCUCGAUGAACGGCUGGAGAAGCUUUCUGAAGAGGUGGAGCAGAAAAUAGCGGCCCGCGUAGGUCGUCUUCAGGCUGAGCUGGAGAGGAAGAGCUCAGAGCUGGAGCGAGCCAAACAGGAGAGCGAGCGGCUGAGCCAGGAGAAACAGGACCUGGAGGACAAGGCCACGGAGCUGUCCCGGCAGGUGGAUGUCUCUGUGGAAAUGUUAGCCAACCUGAAACAGGACCUGGUGAACAAGGAGGAGGAGCUGACUCGGAAACAACAGGAAGUCGCCCAGAUCGACCAGUUCCUCCAGGAGACGGCAGCACGUGAAGCCAAUGCCAAGGUGCGUCUGCAGCAGUUCAUCGAGGAGCUGCUGGACCGAGCAGACCGCGCCGAGAAACAGCUGCAGAUCAUCAGCAGCUGUGGCACCACACCAAACGGCAGCCUGGGCCGCUGCAGCCUCCAAGCCUCCAAGGGGAACGGACGCCAGAGAAACUCCAGCCUCUCUGGGAGCACCAGAGGCAUGUACCAAGUGUCGGAGCGACGGUCGUCUCCCAGCACGGGAGCAUCUGGGAGGAUCAAGUCAGUGUCGCAGGGCUCUGGAGGAUACGACAGUGACAGCGUGGAGAUGCAUCCCAUGGAGGAGUGUCCUGAGGCUCAGUACUACCACAUGCAGUGCCGGCUGGGUGAGGGCGGGUACGAGCGCUCUCCUGGGUGCGGCGGCGGUGGGUCAAGGAAUUGGGGUCUUCGUAAACAGGCCAUCCAGAACUGGCAGCGGCGACCUUACAGGAACAGCACAGAGGGAGAGGAAGGAGACGUGUCGGACGUGGGCUCCAGGACCACCGAGUCCGAGGUGGAGAUGUGGGAACAGGAGAGGAGAGCCGUGGCUGAGGUGCAGCAGUCUGCAGCUCCGUAUCCUCAGCAGGGCAGGGCAGGAUAUCGCCCAAGCACAGGUCGGUCUGAUGGAGUUUACAACAAGCCGUGCCGUCAUGAAAAGAGCCUGUCCAAAUCUAACGAGGUGAUCAGUCCAGAGAUCUUGAAGAUGCGAGCAGCCCUCUUCUGUAUCUUUACAUACCUGGACACUAAAACUCUGCUGAAAGCUGCUGAGGUCUGCCGGGACUGGAAGUUUGUGGCCCGUCACCCUGCUGUGUGGACCAGAGUGUUGCUGGAGAACGCUCGCAUCUCUUCCAAGUUCCUGAGCAUAUUGUCUCAGUGGUGCACUCAGACGCACUCACUCAUUCUACAAAACCUCAAACCCAGACAGCGAGGCAAGAAGGAAUCAAAGGAGGACUACCUUAAAAGCACACGUGGCUGUCUGGAGGAAGGUCUGGAGGCGUUGUUAAAGGCCACAGGAAGUAACCUGCUGAUCUUGAAGAUUUCUCACUGCCCUAACCUGCUGACUGAUCGCUCUCUCUGGUUGGCCAGCUGCUACUGCCGGGCUCUGCAGGCUGUGACCUACAGGAGUGCCACGGAUCCUGUUGGCCAGGAGGUGAUCUGGGCCCUCGGUGCAGGUUGUCGAGACAUCAUCUCUCUACAAGUGGCGCCACUACAUCCAUGCCAACAGCCUGCACGUUUCAGUAACAGAUGCCUGCAGACGAUUGGAAGAUGUUGGCCGCACCUCCGAGCUCUGGGAGUGGGUGGGGCUGGAUGUGGUAUUCAGGGGCUGGCCUCACUAGCGAGGAACUGCAUGCGUCUGCAGGUGUUGGAGUUGGAUCAUGUGAGUGAGAUCAACCAGGAGGUGGCAGCAGAGGUUUGCAGAGAGGGACUGAAGGGACUGGAGAUGCUGGUGCUCACCUCCACACCUGUUACUCCUAAAGCCCUGCUCCACUUUAACAGUGUUUGCCGCAACUUAAAGUCCAUCGUGGUUCAAAUUGGUAUCGAGGACUACUUUGAGGACCCCAACAGCCCUGAAGCUCGAAAACUAUUUGAUGAGAUGGUGAACAAGCUGCAGGCUUUGAAGAAGAGACCCGGCUUCUCCAAAAUCCUCCAUGUCAAAGCAGAUAGUCUCUGCUAACAUCUCUUUUUGGAGAGACACCAUCUUGGUUCCGGUCAAUCACAAAGCCCCAGCUGUUUUUGAGCCCACCCUACGAUGGGUAUGUGGAUGAAUAUGUCUGCAGCACCAACAGAAACAACAGAAGGCUGCCAUGACGGACAGCGCUGAGGCUCAGUGUGCAAACUCCAAUAAGGACAAACAUCAAAUCAUUCAGUAUUAGAGUCAGUAUCUCCGUAAUGUUGGCUAAGACUGAAAACCCAAUCAGGAGGUUUGUAUUUGGACUAAUCAUGGCACUGUCUAUCAGAUGAAGGGCCCUACAGGCUUAAAUAACUAGACAAACUGUCAGAUCUCUCUCUGUCCCCGUCUUUUUGCUUUCACCUGAACAUGGUUGGUUUUGCUGCACAGAUCUCUCUGUUGAAGGGCCUGCAGCCAGGUGACAGCGCUGUAUUUAACUGUCUGCAUCUCCAUUAUGCUUGACAUUUACUCCAGACUACCUUCAGCACCGGUAGCUGGUGGGCGGGCGCGCAUUUUAAAACAUAUACAAUUUCCACCAGAAGUACAAGGUUAAGAGUCUCGAGGCUGGAGCUUUAUUGUGCGAAUGCAUCCAGUCGAGGCUUGAAUAUAAACGGUUUUCACCCAGCCUGCCCUGCACUAAUACACACUGGGCGACGUUCAACUCUUACUGCUUCCACCCAGAAAAGAAACAUGCUGCACGAGCUCCAGGCAGAGUGGAGAGAGAGCGAGGACAGAGCUCACAGUAACACACAGACCUUUACAGUCUUCUAGCCACAGCAUGGCAGCGAUGCAUUUAGCCUCUUUUACCAUCCUCUGUAUCCUCAUGUCAACACAAACUCGGACUUUUCCAUGGUUAUAGUAUCUUUAGAUUUGUCCGCCUCAGAACAGGAUGCAGUAUCAGCUGUUUCAUACUACCAGUAAGGCUGGAGUAUGACCCAUAAUGCAUUUCUACAUAAAACUGGUGCCAUUUGUGUCUGUCCUCAUUCCAGUGAGCGUUUUCUCCAAUGUGCCAUUAAUGCAGGAAGAGGGACCAUGUCAGGCAGGGUUUGAUCUCUUUAAAUUUAAAGUAACUUUAUCUAAACAGCUUGUGCUGAACAAAGGAAGGUUGGAACAUGGUUCCCAGGUGUAAACAGAUGUCACAGUAUUUAUAUAUCAUGUGUCUUUCAUAUUAUACCAAACUAAACAGUGCCAUUCCUUAUAGCAGUAAUCGUAUGGCUGAGAUGCUCUCAGGCCACCUUUCUGUUCUUAAAACGUUCUCUGGCUCCCUCUGCUGGUUUUUACAAGCAAUGACACUCAACUUAAAUGUGUCACCAUUAACAUUUGCAGACAUCAAAGAUAAAGGGGCAGAUCUUAGGUAUCUGCUCAGAAUUACAGUAUUAAUUUGGUGCAAUUUCAGAAUUUUUUUCUAGGGUUUAAAAACUCAAGAAGUAUGAGUAGCAAUACUGACAGUGAUGAUACUUCCUCUGUGCUGCAGAAAACUAAGAGUGAAGAUCCAACGAUUAACAUUUAUUGUUGAUAGUAUGUAUGACUAAGCCUUUGAAAAAAGCUGUUAAAUGUCUGCUGUGGCUCUGAGGGGGCUUGGUCAAGUGUAAGAAUAUAACACUCAGAAAGAAGACCCUGGCUUGGACAAUGUUUUACAGCACAGAAACCUGCAUUACAAGCAGGAGGCAUGGAGAUUGAACAUUUUGGGAACAUGAGUUUACAAGACAUGCUGUCUAAAGAAAAUACUUUAUAGGGAAGUGAUAUGAUUCAGAAUGUUUUAGGGAUGCACUAAUACUUGCACCAGUAUUGGGUAUUGGGUACCGAGCCUAAGUACUUGUACUGAUAAAAAUUGCUGAUGCUGUACUCAAUAUAAUUUGACAUUGUGAUGUUAGCCUCUUAAUAUUUGAGUUAGUAGGCAAGUGGAAGUAAUGUCUGCAGUUUGAGGAUGUCUGAACAUAAAAGAAGACAACAGUAGAGCAAACUGCAAACUAUGCAUUCGCAAAUUGUCAAGAAUAGGGAUAAGGAAAGUCUUGUAAAAAUGAAACAACUUUCAGCAUAAUUUUAAGAACUACAGUUAAUAGCUUUCAGUAAGGUGACCACACUGAGGCCUGGAGGACAAAAAGAAAAACGUAAAACAGUGGCAACUACCACUGAACACUAUGUGUUGUGGCAAAACUGGCAUUUUAUUCUCCAUCUUUUUAAAACAGUGCAUGUUUACAUCCUCUGACAAAUACAAAAAAACAGAUAUUAAUUUCAUCAAUUUGAUUUGUUUCUUCAGAGCCCUGUACAUCACUAAGGACUUUAUUAAAAUCACUAAACCCAGAGGAGUCAAAGCCAGGCAAAGUCAAAAUCUGGCUGCAGACUGUACAUGUUCUGUCAGAACGGCCAUCAUUUUCUGGUACAUUAGAUUUUGUUUUAAAAUGAACUUAAUUCAUAAACAAAGUCUGGCAGUUACAUUCAUGAAACAACCAUAUCGCUAACGUGACUAAAUGACAUCUCAUACAUAAAAGAGAAAAAGGUCAGAGGUCUAAUCUGGGGUUAAAUUAUGUAUAGACGUGUUUUAGAAGUAGUUAAACACAUGGUAGCUUGCUACUCUAGCUACCUAAUUAACGUUACUACAUAGCCAAUGUAGCUAAGUUAGCUUUGGCAACAUGGGCUUGAGCAAACAUAGCUAAAGCUAACAAACUUAAGUAGAUAAUGAAGCUUUAGCUUUAGCUACAUGAGCUGUGUAGCUACAUUAUCUGCAUAGCUUACGCAGCUAACAGAGCUACGUUAGCUAAAUUAGCUGUGCUAGAAUGUUUUCAUGAAAAACAAGCUUUACUCCCCUGUGAGCAGGCUGUUUACUUCAGCUUCAUUAAAUGUUAUUUAUGUUUUGUAGGUCAAGUUUUUGACUUUUAACUUUUGGUAUCCUAACCAUCACCUUAACCCUUACCCUAAACAAAAGCUUAAUCUGUUUUUAUUCCCAAAGUUUUAGGGUGUAUUUACUUUCUGCCAGAGACAGCUACUCUGCUAUUUUCUCCCUUCUGGGUUUGCUUUCUCUGAUAGCAUUCUGCAGAAGUAGAACUGGGGCCUUUCUCCUCUAACUUUGCAAAGCAGAUGGAUAUGCCCGUUUCUGUGUUUAUCACUGGUGAAUCCAUCUUGCAAAGCUCCAGUCUGAACCCUUUUUGGCCCGGUUAGAAAGUGACAGGACCAGUCAGCAAUGAGAGGCAGUACUUUUGGGCGUGACAUAACCAUGACGUAUGGAAGCAGCAACAAGAGGCCGGUGCAGAUAUGGUGGAAGACAUUAUCGUGGAUGCUGCUAAAGCACCAGUUUUAUCAGAAAUUGCUGACAUUUCU